GUGGCGGCGCUUUCUGAGCCGCCGUUUAUCCGCGCGCCUUUGACUGCUGCGCUUCUCGCGCAGCUCCCCCCCUCCCCGCGAGCGUCCCUCUUCGAAGUUCCCGCGCAGGCGAGCAGGGCUGUUGGCGUCCCUGCCGCGCCGGGGCGGCUGAAGCCCUGGCUGUGGGGAGAGCCCCUCGGGCCCGUUGCUCCCUUGGGCGAAUCGCAAGACCCUGCGGCUGAGGUCUUUCCGCCGCCGCCGCUGCCGCCAUCAUGUCGGCGGGCUUCUCCUUCGGAGCCGGGACUUUGGCUUCCGCCACCGCGGCUGCUGCGGGCACCGGCGGGGGAGGCGGCGGCGGGGGCUUCUCUUUCGGAGGCACCCCGAGCUCGACUGGAGGCCUUAACUUUGGGACGUUGGGUUCAACAGCUACUGCUACUACAACUACUCCUUCUGUGGGUUUUGGCACUGGACUUUUUAGUUCAAAGCCUACCACAGGUUUUACCUUAGGAGGGACUAAUACAGGAACAGCUACAACUAUUGCUGCAGGAUUAACAUUAGGCGCACCUGUUUCUACUACUACUUCUACUACUGGCCUUAGUUUGGGUUUCAGUAAACCUGCUGGAUCAGCCACUCCUUUUGCUUUACCGAUCACUUCCACUUCUUCUGGACUUGCAUUAUCUUCUGCCCUUACUUCUGCUCCAGCAGCAGGCUCUUCUGGUUUUACAUUAAACUUGGGAGGCACCAUUGCUCCAACCACCACUGUAUCUACAGGACUUUCUCUGGGAGGAGCCUUGACUGGUUUAGGAGGAACACUUUUCCCAAAUGCAAGCACCUCUACAACAGGGCUUGGACAGAAUGCUUUUGGUUUGACCCUUGGGACAGCUGCAGCACCUGCUGCCACAGUUAAUGAAGGUCUUGGUGGCAUAGAUUUCAGUAGCUCUUCAGAUAAAAAAAGUAUGUUUUUAAGUAAAAUUUUCUACUUCAGGAUCUUGAUUGAACAAUUUGAAGUACAACUGCAGCAAUACAGACAGCAGAUUGAAGAACUGGAAAAUCAUCUUGCUACCCAAGCGAACAAUUCACACAUAACUCCACAAGAUUUAUCCAUGGCUAUGCAGAAAAUUUAUCAAACAUUUGUAGCUCUAGCUGCACAGCUUCAAUCAAUACAUGAAAAUGUCAAGAUGCUCAAAGACCAGUAUCUUGGAUACAGAAAAACCUUUUUAGGUGAUGCUGUGGAUGUGUUUGAGGCAAGGCGAGUAGAAGCAAAGAAAUGGCAGACUGCCCCACGUGUUACAACUGGACCUACUCCUUUCAGCAACAUACCAAAUGCAGCGGCCAUUGCCAUGGCUGCAACACUUACACAGCAGCAACAGCCUGCUACAGGGCCACAGCCGACUCUGGGAAUUAGUUUUGGAACGCCAUUCGGUUCAGGUAUUGGCACUGGCUUGCAGUCAAGUGGCUUAGGCUCUUCAGGCCUUGGAGGAUUUGCAGGUAGCACUGGUUUUGGAAGCAGUGCUCCAGGUGCACCAUCGUUUGGAUUUGGAGCAGCAAAUAAGCCUUCAGGAAGCCUUAGUGCAGGCUUUGGCAAUUCGAGCACAUCUGGGUUUAACUUCAGCAAUCCUGGCAUCACAGCAUCUGCUGGCCUGACAUUUGGGGUGUCCAAUCCAGCUUCUGCAAGCUUUGGUACAGGAGGACAACUUCUCCAGCUGAAGAAACCCCCAGCUGGAAACAAAAGGGGGAAAAGAUAAAUACGAAAAAAAAGGAUGGGUGGGAUAGGGUCAGGUGAAAAAAAAGGACAAUGCUUUCAUUUAGUUCAUCCUGAAAAUAUAUAUUUUUUUAAACUGAUAUAGUAGGUGCUCUGUGUCCUUGGAGAUUUAUAACAUUUUGCUACUUCUUCCCAUUCUGGGCUAAAAACUGUAAUUGUUACAAAUGCUAUCUAUUUUUUGUGAAUCAAAGCUUCUUUGUCUUCUAUAUAUGUAAUUAUUAAGGAACCUUAUAAAACCAUCUAUUUAAUGUAAUGUUAGUAACAAACUAGUUUUGUCAAUAUGAUUUCCACCAAACAUAGGUAUGCAUAUUUGGUUUCUUUUUAAAGUGAAAGCAUAUUCUAAGAUUCAGAAUUUAAAUCCAUAUCUUCUGUUUUGUGAUAUGGCCUUUUAAAAACAUCAGGGUGGUUUUGUGUAUAUGUAUGUAAAUAUAUACAGUAUAAAUGAAUACUCAUGUAUAUGAAUUAUAUAUAAUGCAUUUCAAACCAUGUGGGUUAUUUCUAAGUGCGAGUUUGGGGUAUUCUAUCAUGUCCUUAAAUACUGUUAGUAUAUGCAAGAGCAGUUGUAAUAUCUACUGCAUGUAGGAUAUUGUGACCUGUUUGGGUUCUCUCUCUCUUUCCCCCUCCCCUUUCCUUUCCUUUUUCCUUCCAUUCAAAGCAUUAACUGAAUUUGGUGUUCACUGUAAGCAUUCUAUAUGGAUUUGUUUCUGAACUAUCGUGAUCUAUCUUUAGAGAGAAAGACUUCCGAAGACUUUUUGAGAAUUUUGGAAUGGCCUCAGUUUGCAUAAAAAGUUCAUGUGAGAGAUUGGUGGGUGCCCACAGUUUAACAUGGUCAGGGAAUUGUCGUAUAUAACUCUGUGACAAUUUAUCAGGAGAGUAAAGCUGCAUAAAAUUCCAUGCAAAUCUAAUUUGCUGCAGCAUUUCCCAUGGACUUUGUUUUCUAAUGUUCUACAGUACAGCAAGGCUGGCUGGGGUAUUCUGGGAGUUGAAGUCCUCCAAGCUUAAAGUUGCCAAGGUUGGAGACCCCUGGCCUAGGCCAUGGCCUUUGUAAACCAGAUUUACUCAAUUUAUGCUGAGGGAUUUUUCUACCAUCAUGAGGAAGACCAACUGACCUUAAUCGCACCAUUCCAAACAGAUGCAUAAAAUCUCUAAUCUGGAGUUGAUGCUUGUCUAUCUUAAGUAGAUAGCAGGUUUCUUGCUAGCUUACAAAUCAUAGGAUGAAAGAUGUUUGCUAAUUAAUAAUUUGUUUUCAGAGAAUUUCAGCAGAACAAUUCUUACUCUGAAGUUGAGUUUAUAGUAUUGUUGCAUGUUGAGCUGUAUUCCCAACUACGGGAGUGUUUAUUAAAGAGAAGCAACAGGAAUAUUUAUUGCCUUAAAUGAUGGGUUAGAACCCCAGUCCUUGAACUGUUGCUAGCGCUGACCCCAUUUAGUUCCACAGGGUUUGUGCUAGGGCCUUUUUUUUUAAAGGGUCAGAUUGUAAAUCUCUACAGCACGUGUGUACAGAAUUUUGGUGAAGUCUAACCUUUUUACACAGAGAAUAUUUUGUAUAUAACUCAAAUAAAUGUUCGCAAUUUGACUGAGGCACCUUUCAAAAACAAACAGGUGUAUAUAUAUAUCCUGGUUAUGAAGUUGGCUGCUUUCAGUUCAGUACUAUUUUUGUAAAUUCCGAAUGUUUUAUGUCAUACAAGAGCGAGUUGUCUGGCCAAAUGUGAGUUUUGAAUGUGAUAGAUUCAAAGCCUAUUUAGCACAAGGCUUUUCAUAUUGGUUGUGAAUAGCACCAAAGUUUGAAGGUUUCUAUUUUCUUUUUUCAUUGUGGAAGGAGGAGAUUUUUAAUUUUUGUUGAAUUAAGGAGGGUUAAGUGAAUUUUGUUUUAAAUUUGUAUUGUGUUACGCUUCAGUUAAAUAUAUAUAUUCUGAUAUAUAUAUGUUAUGGCUUUUUACACAAUUACAAUGUUAAAUCACUGAGUUCUUUACUGUAUAUAAUUUGUGAAGCUAUUUUUUAACAGUGCUGCUGUCUUUGUCUGUGUGUGCAACUUUUUGUUUCUCAAAUAAUAAAAUUGUUUGA